AUGCAGGUCCUAACGCGACUGCUGAACGGCGCGGCUUUCGCGGCGGGCGUCUCGGGUGCCGGGUAUCUUCUGAUGAGCGCACAGCCCGCGCUCGCCGAAGAGGACCACUUGCCACCACCAAAAUACCCCUGGUCUCACCGCGGUCCCUUGUCAGCGUUUGACGCAGCUUCCAUACGUCGUGGCUACCAAGUUUACAAGAAUGUUUGCUCUUCGUGCCACUCGAUGAACCGAGUCGCUUUUCGCAACCUGGUGGGUGUUGCCUUCACUGAGGAGGAGGCGAAACAGCUAGCGGAGGAGGUUGAGGUUGAGGAUGGGCCUAACGACGAAGGCGAGAUGUUUACUCGUCCUGGCCGACUCUCGGACUAUUUCCCAGCGCCAUAUCCAAAUGCAGAGGCCGCGCGCUACGCCAACAACGGAGCGCUUCCGCCGGACCUAUCUUUGAUCACCAAGGCACGUCAUGGUGGUGCCGACUACAUCUUCGCACUCCUGACUGGUUACCGUGAUCCACCGGCCGGUGUGCACGUUCGCGAAGGCCUCUACUACAAUCCAUACUUCCCUGGCCAGCAGAUUGCAAUGGCCCGAGCGCUCUACGAUGACGGUGUCGAGUACGACGACGGAACUCCGGCCACAACAAGUCAGAUGGCGAAAGAUGUGGCUACGUUUCUGAGCUGGGCAGCAGAGCCGGAGCACGAUCAGCGCAAGCUCAUGGGUGUUGAAACCAUGGUUUCUCUGGGCAUUCUGGCAGGUCUGAUGCUUUACAUGAAACGAUUCAAGUGGGCGCUUCUAAAAUCGCGUCGAAUAGAGUUUCGCGAUAUGUAA